AUGGCAGUUGCUCCAGGUUAAUCAAGACACCUGAGGCCAAUUAAGAUCUUUCCAGAAGGCAGGGAGGACACUAGGUUGAUUGGGAUACCUGAAGCCAAUCAGGGGCUGGCUGAAACUAGUUAAAAGCCUCCCAGUUAGUCCAGUGGGUGUGCAUGUCAGGAGCUGCAGGAGGAAGUUGGGUUGUUGGAGAGGCUGAGCAGUACACACCAUAUCAGGCACAAGGAAGGAAGCCCUGAGCUUUGCAUCAAGAAAGAGGAGAAUGGCAAACCAUAGGAAGAAAUUCAUUGAUCUCUUGGAUAAGGCAAUUGCUGUUGGUGACACAAUGGAUCGUGAUGAUCUGCUUUUUUCUUACAAGGGGAUUCUCUACCCCACAACUGUGUGCAGUCCUGAAAUAUUCAAGGCUCUUGAGUCCUUUGAAGCCAGGCAGGAGGAUGUGAUCCUAGCAGGGUAUCCUAAAUCUGGUACCAAUUGGGUUGGCCAGAUCUUAACAGACUUGGUAACAACAUCUGCAGAGAAUAAUGAAGAUGAAACAAAUAGCCUGAAUGAUGAGGAACUGGAAGAAUUUCCCUACCUUGAAGUUGGAGAUGCUGAGAAAUAUCAGCGGAUGGAGAAAUUACCUUCUAGAAGAGUUAUAUUCACUCAUCUCCUGCCACACAAUCUACCUGAGUCCAUCUUCAAGAAUAAAGCCAAGGUACUGGUGCUUGUUCGAAAUCCCAAAGACGUAGCUACAUCUUUUUACCAUUUUACCAAUGGCAUGUCUCUAUUUCCCUCUUAUGAGACCUGGGAUGAGUUCUUCACAGCUUUCAUGACUGGAAAAAUGCCUUGGGGCUCCUAUUUUGACUAUAUUUGUGAAUGGAGCAAGCAUGUUGACGAUGAAAAUGUUAUGACCAUAACCUAUGAAGAACUGAAAGAGAACAGGGCUUUGGCAGUGAAAAAGAUAGCUGAAUUCUUCGUGUUGCCCUUGACUGAGGAACAGCUUCAAGCGGUUGCAGAUAGGAGCAGCUUCCAGGCUAUGAAAGAGAAUGCCCACAAAACUCAUGGUGCAUUUGGCAACGCUCUUUUCCGCAAAGGUAGUGUUAGCGACUGGAAGAACCUUUUUAAUGAAGAUCAGAACCAAGAAAUGGACAAAAUGUUUGAAGAACGCCUAGCAAGAACUAAGCUGGGAGGAAAGAUGAAGUAUGAGGUGUACUGCAAAGCCUGAGGACUAAGAAAACAUUGUUAAAGCAACACAAUUCUAUCAGAUCAGUUGCAUUACAUGCACUAAAAAAAUAGAUCAAGUGAUUCAAACUUCUCUGAAUGUUUGUAAAUGAUCACAACACUCCAGCUCUCUUUACAGUGACAGCAGAUUCUCAGCAUGCUUAGACUGCAUACCUUUAUUCAAUGCUAUUGUAAUCAGUCAGACCCAGACCAAUACUACACCACUGCUCCAGUACAUAUCACCUGGAAGAACCUCUCUCCCUCACUACCCUCUUUCCCCCUUACAGUUGUCUCAUCUCACCCAAUUCCAUCAGUAAAAUAUUUAAUAGCAUUUGGUAUGUGGAGAUAUUUUCAAAAAAUGUUUUAACUGAGGCAUGUUCCUCACAAAGGGAUUUCUACCAAACACAGGGCCUGAUUCAGCCCAUCGUGAUGCUUAGGGUCACUAGUGGGAUAGUGGCUUUCAGAAAAAGGUGUUUGAAGUGUGCCUAAUAUAUAAUACACUAACUGGAUGUGGUAAUAAUUGCAAUAAUUGAGUGAACAGGGAAACUGAAAUACCCGGCACCCUCAGCUUUCCAUGCAGUAGGCAGGGAAAAGCUGAUUGGCAGGGGAGGGUAAGGACACUGGUGCUCCCAUGGCCCAUGUGAUACUUAUUAUAUGGAUAAAGAGAAGACUCUAAUCUCCACGGCUGUAAAUUCAGCAUCUUUCCUAAGCACUAAAAUUCAACAGAAAAUUCGAUAAGAAUAAUAAUAUUCCAGGCAUGCUGACCUGAUGUCAAGAUAAGGCAGUCGUUCAAAUACUGGAGCCAAGAACACCAACAAGUGCAAAGAGAUGAUACAGAAGGUCAGAGAGAAAUGAUAAAAAUGGCCAGAGUAUAGCGAAAUAGCAAUAAGUUGAAUAAAUGCCUAUUGUUUCCCUAGGAAAAAAUAAUCUCAAACACAUAUAUUCAGUGGGAGUAUAUAGGAAGCAGCAAUGCUGAAAGGGAUGAAAGUGGACAGCAAACUACAUUUCAGUUUGUCAUACUAUAUGGCUGCUAUGAAAUGGUCAGUACAAGUUUAGGGUGCAAAGGGAAAAUCCUAAUGAGACAAAGAGGUGAUAUUUGUGGCUCUACUUGACUGUGCCUGAAAUAUUGUGUUCAGUUCUGAGAACUUCACUGCUAGAAAGAUAUUGACAAACUAGGUGCAGUUCAGAUAAGAUCAACAAAGAUUAUCAGCAGGGUGGAGGGAUUGAUUUAUAAAGAAGAUUCAUCGAGUGAGCCAGAUUUUGCUCUCAGUUACACCAGUUUAAGUCAGGACUGAUUUUGCCAAAAUCUAUGGAAUUUCUGUGGAUUUUCAAUGGUG